AAUAAAAGGUUUGAAGAGAGAUGGCGCUAGAGAGAAUCAUUCGAGACACACUGACACACUUCAUCCAGUCCCACAUCCCUGCUGCAGACCUCAGUGCAAUGGAUGAUGUUGUUUUCUCCUACAUCACAAGUGUCCUAGAAGAACUGGGGUCACCAGAUUCCUCUGAAGAGACCUUUGACAUGGACACCUUUGUGGAAAUGAUGGAGGCCUAUAUUCCUGGCUUUGCAGAAAUCCACAGUGGGGACAUUUGUGAAAUGAUGUUCUCUCUCUCGGAAAGGCUCGGUGAAGCUCGCAACGAAGAGAAACCUGGCCAAAAGGCUGCGGAGGGCAGGAGUGAAGCCACUUCUGAAGACCUGACCCAGGGCCAGGAGCCUGCAGCAGGAGCCUGCAACAGGAAACAUCUCUGCACUUUGACAGCAGGAGCUGGGGCUCAGGAAGACAGUGACUUGAAGGAUGGGGUGGAGCUGCUCCUGGAGAUGUUUCCUGCCUGUACUGUGGGCCAGGCGGAGAAGGCACUGUCCAUGGCCCUGGGGAACUUGGAAGAGGCAGUGCAGUUAAUUGUGGAAGAGAAGGUGGAAACUGGCCCAGCAGUUGAGUGUGCUAAGGAUUUGGCACGGCCCCGCAGGACACCCAAUCACGAGGAGCUAAAACAGGUUAUCUUGCAGAAAUACAUGAUGGUGGAUAGCGCAGAAGAUCAGAAAACACAUCGACCAGCUCCACCAAAAGAGGCUCCCAAGAAGCUGAUCCGCUAUAUCGAUAACCAGGUGGUGAGUACGAAGGGAGAGAGAUACAAAGACAUCAAGAAGCCAGAGAGUGAGGAGAUGAAGAGGACUUAUAUCAGCCUCAAGCCAGCCAGGAAGUACAAGUUCCACUGACCACCAGUCUCUCCUGCUUGCUCUUCAGCCUCCGCCUCUCUGGCCCAGGCAGACAAGGAUGGGCACAUGGCACUAGGGAUGAGA